AUGGAUCAAACGGUACGCUUGCGGGGAACCAACAUUCACCUGCCUAGAUUAGGCUUUGGUGUAUACCAGCUUAGAGCCCAGGACUGUGCAGAUGCCUGCCUGGCAGCGUUAAAUUGUGGAUAUCGACAAAUCGACUCUGCGCAGCUCUAUGGCAACGAAGCAGAUGUUGGGAGAUCGUUGCAGCAAUACCUCGAACAAGCGAAAGCACAACGCGAAGGCUUGUUCAUAACGACCAAGGUCGGUCGUCACGAAGGCUCUGUCGAGAAGACGUACCGCAGCAUAUUACGCAGUGUUAGACGCAUCGCGGGCGAAGACGGGUACGUCGAUCUGUUCCUCGUGCAUCGGCCCAUUCAGAGGCGCCAGGAGGUCUGGGUUGCGCUGGAGAGGCUGCUGGAGGAAGGAAAGACGAGGGCAAUCGGGGUCAGCAAUUUUCGAGCUGGGCAUCUGGAGGAGAUGAAGGGCUACGCCAAGGUCUGGCCGCCUGUUGUGAACCAGAUUGAGAUCCAUCCUUGGUGCCAACAAAGGGAACUGGUCACGUAUUGCCAGAAGAACGGGAUCCUUGUUCAGGCGUAUAGCCCGUUGGCCAGAGGGCAGAGAAUGUCGGAUCCGGCGCUGGCACGGGUCGUUGCCCGAGUGCGGCGGCGGGUCUUGGCCGGAGUCACGUCCGACUCCGAGACCGAAAGGGCAGGGCCCGGAGCUGCCGGUGCUGACGGUGAUGGUAUAGGAGGGAGAGCUGUGACUGAGGCACAGGUGCUUCUACGGUGGUCUGUCCAAAAGGGCUUCGUGCCGCUGGUGAAGAGCGGCGACCCGGCAAGGAUCGAGGAGAACGCCAAUGUCUUUUCCUUUGAGCUUGACGAGGAGGAAAUGCAACUCCUCGACGACUUAGACAUGGGUGCGCAGGGCGCUCUUUUUCCUGCCAACGUUAGCUAG